CGCGAAUUGAAAAUGGCCGCCUCGACCAAAGAUCUCGCUACGCUGCUUGCACAAACCACGAUUGAAGACCACGACGAAGUGCUGAAAGCCACCAAUGCGGCUCUGAAAAAGUCAAAGAGCGACCAAGCGGCGCAACACACCAAGGCCGUAGCACUCGUGCACCUGGACCGAUACGAAGACGCCUUGCACGUGUUUGAAGCCGCGCCAGAACUCCAGAAGAAGGCGCAAUUCGAAUAUGCAUAUGCGUUGUAUAAGACAGGCAAUGCGGCCAAGGCUGUAGAAGUGGCACAGGCUGCAUCGCCAAAUGGCGGCCGUGGGAUGAAGCAUAUGCUCGCUCAAGCGGCAUAUCGCUCGGAGAACUUUGCUCAGGCCACAAGGAUCUACAAGGAGCUCGCAGACCAGAACGUCGAAGGCGAGGAAUACGAUAUCCGAAUCAACUCCGGGGCCGUAGACGCACAAUUGGAAUGGACAGGGCAGGGCGAGCUGGCACAGAAGAAACAGCCCACGCGCGAGGACCUAGAGGUUUUCGAGACAGCAUUUAACGCUGCAUGCGGAAGCAUCUCACGCAACGAAUUUGGGCAGGCACAAGUCUGCUUAAAGCGCGCAAAGGAUCUGUGCAAUGCGGUUUCGGACAUGAGCGAGGAAGAGAAGCAGGCUGAGCUUCUCCCAAUCACUGUGCAGCAGGUAUACGUCUUGAUACAGCUAGGCAAGAUUGAUGAAGCAGAAGAGCUGGCUACCAAGAUUCCUUUCGCGGACAUCAAAGAACUCUCGACCCGCUACAUUGCGCAGGUGAACAGCAUUGCUGCCUCAAAAGAACAUUCAAACCCCUAUCUCUCGCAUCGCCUCUUCCACUCGUCGCCUCAGCCUCCAGUCACCGAUCAACACUUCUCCUACCAGUCCAACAUUCUCCGACAGGAUGAAUAUGUCAUCUCACUGCUGUCACAAAAAGUAGCAGGUGUUGCAGAAUCGACCCAAAAGGUCAUCUCUGCAGCUCCUACCCCAACGCUUUCCCCAGCCGUCAACAUGGCGGCUGUUCUCAAUGCAGCGGCACACGCUAGAAACGCAAGCACUGAGAAAGCUGCUUUGAAAGAGAUAUUGCCGCUACUUGAGAAAAGGCCAAAUGACGUUGGCCUGAUACUCACGAUAACACAACUAUACGUCAUCACGAACAACUACGCCGCUGCGACCUACCUUCUGGAAUCCUUCUUCAAGCGUCUCGAGCAGAGUGGUUCAGCGUCUGAUCUUGACGUGCGCUUUGCGCCGGGCCUAAUUGCGACACUAGUCUCUCUAUACGCGCAGCAAGGGCGCCCAGGAGCAUCAAAGACUGAACUUGCAAAGGCCGCAGAAUACUGGCGGAAACCGCACAAGUCAAAGACAGAAGCGCCAUCCAAGUCUCUCAUGGUUGCUGCUGGCACAGCACUCCUUGACACGCACAACCCAGAUAACAUCAAAUCUGCAGGCGAGAUCUUCAAGGGCUUGUAUGAUCAGGACAAUGAAGACCGAGCAUCCAUUGCUGGUCUUGUCGCUGCGUACAGCAUUACAGAUCCCUCCUCGAUACCGGCAGACCUUCUCGCAUAUUUACCGGAAGCCAACCGUCUAGUGUCUGACAUUGACGCUGCUGAACUCGAAAAAACAGGUGUUCCCCUCGGAAACCUCACUUCGGUCAACCUCGCAGUGGAAUCACGGAAACGCAGCCAGGCGCCGACCAAUGUAGCUCCAUCCAAGGCCAAGAGGUUACGCAAGGCGAGGAUGCCAAAGGAAUAUGUCGAGGGCAAGAAGAUGGACCCUGAGAGAUGGCUCCCAAUGCGUGACAGGAGCUACUAUCGGCCCAAGGGACGAAAAGGAAAGAAGAAGAUGGAAGGUCUCACACAGGGAGGCGUAGUAGCAGAAGACAAGGGCACACCAGCUGCUCAGGAGAAGAAGGGCGGCGCUGACAAGGGCAAGAACAAGAAGAAGGGCAAGAGCGGCAAGUGGUGA